UUUGGCCAUGACGUCACGGCGCAGCGUAGUGUCGUCAGCAGCUCGCGAAGUCUCGUCCUCAGACAGAGGUGAAAGGUUCAUGUCAGGAGCUUUACCAGUGUUAACGAGUAGCUGAGUAUGUACUAUAGACUGAACGGCGUUACGCAGCGGCUCAUCGGAGCUCCAGCUGCCGCGUACAGCCCACAGGGUCUGUGUCCAGGUGUCCCACCUGUCAGUCCUCCCGUCAUCUUUGCAUCUCCAACUAAACUGGCUUCAGAAACAGGAAGUCAGGCGGAGUACCUGAGAGCCAAUCGAAUCCCUGACCUGCAGAAACUCUUCCAGAGAGCAGAUGGGAUCCCAGUCCACCUUAAGGGGGGUCUGAUAGACAAGCUGCUGUACCGAACCACCAUGGGUCUGACGGUGGGGGGUGCUUUUUACUGCCUCGUGGCUCUCUACAUUGCUGCCCAGCCUGGCAACAAGUAAUGCUGCAGAUUCGCUGCACUCUGAUUGGACCAGAGAUUUCUGUGGACGUUCAAUGUGAUAGACAACAGGGUGUUCAGGGAUGAGUGAAGGCUUCUAAUGAGGUGUUCGGGGGCAGACUUUUAGCAAAUAAAAACACUUUGUGAUAUUUUUGGUGUGGAGAAUUAAGAAUAAAUCUAUUUUGUUGUAA